AUGAGACAGCAGGAUGCUCUCCACGGCUUGUACAAAGAGUGACAGUUAAAGUGUCAAACAGUGACAUCAGUGAAACUCUCAUGUCAAAAGGUUUGAUUUGUUUUCAUAUUGUCCUUUUCCAAACUUUACCGGUCAUGUUUUAGGUCCAAAAAUGUGUCCAUACCCCAUAAAUUUGACAUUUUAAACUGAGAAACACAGAAUGAUAGGAUGACAACAGUGGAGGAGGCUUCUGAAGCAACAGUGGAGUGAUAUUCUAAGAGACAGUAGCUGAAAUCUUGGAAAGCUGAAGAGUUUAUUAAAGUAUUUUAGGACAUAAAACAUAUUUAAUCCAAGACAUAAAUGAUUGAGUUAACUUUUAAUAAUAUUACAAAAUGUGUCAUUAAACAGGAGAAAUAUUUUACACACAAAAAUCUUGAAAACAUUCACACAAGUUCUUAAAAAAAAAUAUAUUUUUUGUAAAUGUUUCAUCACUUUUAGAUAAUUCCCUCUUUUUUGAUCACUAUUGCUUGUUUUCUUCUCUAUUUUGAUCACUCCUGUAUGUUUUCCUCUCUUUUUGGAUCACUUUUGUAUAUUUUCUCCACUUUAUUGAUGAUAUUUGUAUAUUUUCUUUUUUAAUCAUUUUUGUAAAUUUUCUUCUCUAUUUUGAUCACUUUUGCUUGUUUAAUCCUCUUUUUUGAUUACUUUUGUAUAUUUUCUCUCCUUUUUUCAUUCUUAUAUAUUUUCUCUUCUUUUUUUAACCACUUUUAUUUUAUCCUCUUUUUCAAUCAUUUUUUGUAUAUUUUUUCUUUUUUUCUGAUCAUUAUUUUAUAUUUUAUCCUCUUUUUCAAUAAUUUUUUGUACAUUUUUUCUUAUUUUUUGAUCAUUUUUUUGUAUAUUUUUUCUUCUUUUCUGAUCAUUUUUAGUACAUUUUAUCCUCUUUUUCAAUCAUUUUUUGUAUAUUUUAUCCUUUUUCAAAACUAUUUUUGUGUAUUUUUUUCCUCUCUUUCCCGUAAAUAUGUGUUUUUGUGACAGUUUUUGUUGAAAUCUUUACAUACAGUACGUCAAACCAGUGAAACCAAUUAGGUUUCAUGCAGUUGACCUUCAGGGCCACCGUAUUCCUCAGUGACUUGCGUGAUGACGCCACUAACUCUCUGCGCAGGGGGCGUGUUCAGCCUCUUCCCCCCUCUGGCUCCGCCCACAGCCCGGUAGAGCCUCACGUCCACAGUGCGGCGGCGGCGGCGGAGCGGCGUCAGUCACGGGAGGACACAGACACUCUUCAAAACUGUUUCUUCGACUUAUUAUCGGAGAUUUUACCACCAAAACCAGCAGAACCGGUAAGAAACAAACACUAACGGGUCAUCUCCACGGAAAGUGCGUAGUUUAUGUCGUCCUUUUCCCGCCGCAGAGCUGACGCUGCUCUCGGUUCCGUCGGUGUUUAUUCGGUAAUCGUUAAGUUGGAGGAAGGGGAGCUGAAGUUUGUUUGGUCGAUUAAAGGUGAAUGUUUGUCCUCAUAACUCUGAGAACAUGGAAGAAAAGAGAGCAGCAGAGUUCUGAGGCUGAGGGAGGAUGUGAGGAGAGAGGAGGGGGCUCAGAGUGCGGGUCAAGAAAGGAGGAAAUAAUCAAUAAUAAGCAUUAUUAUUAUUAUUGAUUAUUGUUAUUAUUGUUGUUGCUCUGUGUUAGUGUCUCCUUCAGGAGGGUCACAGCUGCAGAAACACUCCUGCUCCUCCUGCUGCUGUCAGGAUUACAUAAGUUCUUCAGAAAGGUUCCUCCUCCUCCUCCUCCUGCUGCUGCUGCUGAGGGUAAACAAACAGGUUCUGACCCUGUUCUGGUCCCGAAUCAUGGUACCAUGACAGGUGUGUUCCUCUCAUCCUGAUGACUGUGUGUGUGUGUGUGUGUGUGCUGACUCUGGUGAACACACGCACUUCCUCUGCAUGUGUGUGUGUGUGUGUGUUGCAGUGCAGUGUCUCUGCUGAGGUGGUUUUGGGUUUCAGUGUUCAGGAGUCAAGGUCAGCGUGGACGUGGAUCCUCAGAGCUGCUGCUGCUGGUGGUGGUUUUCAGGUGGAGGAGGAGGACAGGGACCUGUUUCAGGACGAGGCCGUGCAUCAGAUGUUGUGUGUGGUCAGAUGCAAAGUUUGACUCAGGAAGUGGCUUCAGGUGGGAGUUGUGUGAGGGUUGUCAUCUGUUCUUGUGCAAAAUGAGCACAAAUCCACGCCCACUUGCAAAAUUUGAGAUUUGAAUAAGUGCAAGUUGUGGUUUUGUGCACGGCGAGGGCUGCACAGCAACUGUUAAUACAGAGUUAAACAGCAUGAAGUCACUGUUUAGUCUCAUUUAAAGGUUCCUGUGGGACUUUACAAACUUUAGUCAUUUAGAAAUAUACUUUCAACUAGGGCUGGGCAAUAAAACGAUAAUUCAAAAUUUCACUCAAUAUCAAUAUAAAACAUGAUCAAUAUCCUUUUCAAUAGUCGUCAUUCUGACAUGUUUUGGUCGACUAUACGAACAGCCAAUGAGAAGGGGAGUUUCUCCAGGUCUGAACCAAUCAUGUUCUGAAUUAGAACCAAGUAUCAACCAACUGCAAAGUAGUAGCAGUCUGAGGUGUUUAUUGAGGUAAGAAGGUAAAGAGGAUGUUGUGACUAUGAAGCAGUUUCUCUAAGACUCUCCUGGACAUGAUUCUCUCCUCUCUGACAUGAUGGAGCAUUUCUCUUGUUUACCUUUUUUGACUCGGUCACAUCUGUGUUGAUGCUGUGCACUGUGUUGGGAAUCCCUUGGUUGGUGUCCAUCAUACCUCAGUGUGUGUGUGUGUGUGUGUGUGUGUGACUCAUCAAAGUCUCCCACUCAGCUCCAGGGGUUUGAGCAGAAGCCUUUAGAUUCUCUCUCCUCUCCUGUGUCUCCCCCUCGUCCCCGUCGUGGUCAGUUACAGUGUUUUUAGUGACCGGUCUUUGCCGCCGUUGUUCCCGCUCUCUUAUUGGCCGUCUGGUUCUGUGGAGAUGGAGGAAGACGAGCGUAUCACUGACAUAAUGGAGGGAUAGAGGGAGACAGUGGCACACUGUAAGUAAUGAGCCGUGUCAUCGUCCUCUUCAUAAGUGAAUCGCCGUGUUAAACCGCCACUGUCAUCAUCGAGUUCACACAGGAAGGAGGUUAUGAAACUAAACACAAACAGGAAGAAGGUUCAGACUGACACUAACGUGCGCCAUCGAUUAAACCCAUUAUUUCCUAACAUGUGCAGGAGCUGAUGCUGCAGCUGCUGAAGAUCAGAAACAGUCGGAGGUUCAGGGUGAGGAAACGAGAAUAUGAAGUGAUUAGCAGCAGACGCCUCCCUUUCUCACCCUUCUCCUGGCUGAAGCUACGGUGGCCUUUGAGGACAAGAAGUUCCUGUGAGGCUUGCUGAGUAAGAUCCUCCGUUAUAGAAAAUAGAGUUAAAGAAAAGACGAGCAAUAAAAACAAGUUUUCUCCUUUUUUUACCUCUCUGUUGUUUUUGCGACAAAACUGUGGAGCUCUUGGCUGAAACGAUCUCAGGAUAAAGAGUUCAGGUUCAUUUCUUCACGUUUCAAACUGAUGGACACAAAGAAGAAGUGAGGAUGCAAACGCAGAUUAAAAAAGGGUUUCCUUCACUUUGAGCUUCAUUAUAAUUACAGGAGGAAACAGAAGCUCUUCAUGUUCAUGCUUUUAGGCUGCAGAGAGAUUCCACACACACACACACACACACGCUUCAUGCAUGUACAGUGGGCUGCAGCGUGCCGUGCACACACCUCCUGUAAGUGAACAUGUGUUGGUUGAUAAUAAACAGACAGACUGUCUGCUGAUGCUUUCAUGCAACAGUCUGAUUAAUUAUUAAUAAGCUUUGGGGAAAAUGGAGGGGCAUCACAAACCUGUGUGUGUGUGUGUGUGUGUGUGUGUGUGUGUGUGUGUGUGUGUGUGUGUGUGUGUGUGUGUGUGUGUGUGUGUGUGUGUGUGUGUGUGUGUGUGUGUGGAGCGUGGCUGAAAACGUGACUCCUCCUCUCCCCGGGGUCUCUCUCCAGUCUGUCUCCACUCUCAGAAAUAUCGGAGUAUGACUCUCCUCUUAUUUCUGUUUAUACUCGUCCUCACGUAGCUCGCCGUUAACUCGCCGUUAACUCGCCGUUCGUCAGACAACCUCACUGGUGUUUCCUGUUUUUGCUGCAGACCUGGCACACCAAGAGUUAAUUGGCUUGAAUGUUUGUGAGGCAGCGAGCCGCUAGAGAGAGACUGAAGGGUGAGGAGCAGAGGGGGAGAGAGAGAGGGAUGGGGAGCAGGAAGAAGAGGAGAGGGCGAGUGCACAGGCGGCAGCUGCAGUCUCUCUCUGCCUCGUGACGGCGUCCGCAGCAUCAGCAGCAUCAUCCUCAUCCUCAUCAUCAUCAUCAGCAGCAGCUGCGUGAGUUUGUUUACAUCCUUCCUCCUCGGGUUUGUGUGUAAACUCAGACAGCCAUCUGUUCAGAUUCCUGAGCGUUUUCACACAGAGCAGCAGAGCGGCGCUCUCAAACACGUCUUUAGGAUGACACCGGAGCCGAGAGAAAACGCAGCAUCAUGCUGGUUCCUCCUGCUAACCCUGACUGUAAAACAGCGUUAGUUUUAAUAAGUUCCCGCUCUGUCACAGUUUCAGACGAGGCAGAGAGGCGUGUCAGCUGUUGUUCCUCAUUUCUAACCUUUGUUUUGUUGGAAAGUGCUGUGUGUGUUUUCAGCAGAGAGGGUGAGAGCAGGAGCAGACGGACCGCCUCAGACAGGAGCAGAAACACGGAGCAUGUUUCCUCUAAACCGUGACCCUCAGAAACUCUGAAGAGAAGCUCAACAGAUGUGAGGACUGUGUUCACCGCUGAGUCACGUUCGUCUGAACGAGCCCUGAAAUAAAACAGUCAGGGGUUGUCAAAGUGAGGGUCUGUGCGUCAGAAGAAGAAGAAGUUUCUCAGACGGUUUCAGACGCUCCCUAACCCACAGGAGGAAGUCACGUGAACCAAGACGCGGUUUCACACUCGAGCAGGAAGUCUGCUGUGGUUAGUUCUGCAUGUAGCUGCUGUUAGAAGUCCAGUGAGCUCAGACCAGGAGUCUUUACAGGGUUAGUCCUGGGUCCUGGGUUAGGGUUAGUCCUGGUUCAGGUCUGUCUGACCUCUGAGGACAGUCUGGGAUGUUGAUGAAAACAAAGACUGAUGAUCUGAAACGUGAACGUUCAGGGAACCUGGAGAGGCAGUACCUGUGUGUUUGUGUGUCUGUGUUUGUGUGUCUGUGUCUGUGUUUGUGUGUCUGUGUCUGUGUGUCUGUGUUUGUGUGUCUGUGUUUGUGUGUCUGUGUUUGUGUGUCUGUGUCUGUGUGUCUGUGUUUGUGUGUCUGUGUCUGUGUGUCUGUGUUUGUGUGUCUGUGUCUGUGUGUCUGUGUCUGUGUUUGUGUGUCUGUGUGUUUGUGUGUCUGUGUUUGUGCGUCUGUGUUUGUGUGUUUGUGUGUCUGUGUUUGUGUGUGUGUUUGUGCGUCUGUGUUUGUGUGUCUGUGUUUGUGUUUCUGUGUUUGUGUGUCUGUGUUUGUGUUUCUGUGUCUGUGUUUGUGUGUCUGUGUUUGUGUUUCUGUGUUUGUGUGUCUGUGUUUGUGCGUCUGUGUUUGUGCGUCUGUGUUUGUGCGUCUGUGUUUGUGCGUCUGUGUUUGUGUGUUUGUGUGUCUGUGUUUGUGUGUUUGUGUGUCUGUGUUUGUGUGUCUGUGUUUGUGCGUCUGUGUUUGUGCGUCUGUGUUUGUGUGUCUGUGUGUGUGUGUGUGUCUGUGUUUGUGUGUCUGUGUUUGUGUGUUGUGUUUGUGUGUUUGUGCGUCUGUGUUUGUGCGUCUGUGUUUGUGCGUCUGUGUUUGUGUGUCUGUGUUUGUGUGUCUGUGUCUGUGUGUCUGUGUUUGUGCGUCUGUGUUUGUGUGUCUGUGUUUGUGCGUCUGUGUUUGUGCGUCUGUGUUUGUGCGUCUGUGUUUGUGUGUUUGUGUGUCUGUGUUUGUGUGUCUGUGUUUGUGUGUCUGUGUUUGUGCGUCUGUGUUUGUGCGUCUGUGUUUGUGUGUCUGUGUUUGUGUGUGUCUGUGUUUGUGUGUCUGUGUUUGUGUGUUUGUGUGUCUGUGUUUGUGUGUCUGUGUUUGUGUGUCUGUGUUUGUGUGUCUGUGUUUGUGUGUCUGUGUUUGUGUGUUUGUGCGUCUGUGUUUGUGUGUCUGUGUUUGUGUGUCUGUGUUUGUGUGUCUGUGUUUGUACGUCUGUGUUUGUGCGUCUGUGUUUGUGUGUCUGUGUUUGUGCGUCUGUGUUUGUGCGUCUGUGUUUGUGUGUCUGUGUUUGUGUGUCUGUGUUUGUGCGUCUGUGUUUGUGCGUCUGUGUUUGUGUGUCUGUGUUUGUGCGUCCUGUCGAGUCCUUUCAGACUCUUUUACAGCUGCAACGUUUCUAAUCUGAGGACGAGACUGCAAGAGGAGAGAGAGGAGACUGUGUGUGUUUGUGUUUGUGUGUGUGUGUGUGUGUGUGUGUGUGUGUGUGUGUGUGUGUGUGUGUGUGUGUGUGUGUGUGUGUGUGUGUGUGUGUGUGAUGCUCAUUUUCAUGUGAAAGGGGCUACAGCUGCUCUGUCCCUCCAAAGAAAUUAUUCAUGCUUUAUUCUAAUGUUGAUCCCACAGGGUACACACACACACACACACACAUACAUACACACAAACACGCGCAUACACACACACACACACACACACAGACACACAGACACACACACACACACACACACACACACACAGUAGCAGCCUGUAAAUCCUGACCUCGUCUUUGAGUUUGUUUCGGGGUCUCGUUGAUUUCUCUGUUUCUCUGUUUCAGACUUUCUGCCACUCUGGUUCUGAACCCGGUCCUCCCUGAUCCUGGAUCAGCCUCCUCCUCCUCCUCCUCCUCCUCCUCCUCCUCUCCUCCUUCACUCUGUCGUUUCACUGUGAGUAUGUAUCAGGUUUCUCUCGGUGUAUUAUGCUGUGUGUUUGUGCAGGACAGACUCUCCUCACUGUCUCCUCGUCUCACCUCCAUCAUGAAGCUCCUCCUGGGUUUGUGUGAAAGAUCUCCUCCUCACACUGACCUGCUGUAGGCUCAUCGAGUAAAAAGAACCAAAUUUAGACAAAGUGUGGUGGCGUCCGUCUGAGAGGAGAUGUGACCCUCCUCGUCUCCUGGCAGAGGAGCAGCUGUAAAAGUGGGUUUGACCAUCUAUGGUCAGCUGGACUCUCACUGCGGGGCUCUCUGUCUUCAAACGGAGACUCCGUCUUUAAACACGUCGUUUACACAAGCAGGAGUCUGUGUGUGUGUGUGUGUGUGUGUGUGUGUGUGUGUGUGUGUGUGUGUGUGUGUGUGUGUUUGUGUGUGUGUGUGUGUGUGUGUGUGUGUGUGUGUGUGUGUGUGUGUACCCCUCCACAGCUGUUUGAUGAGUUCUGAUCCAAACAGCACAAAGUUAAAGGAAGUGAGAGACGCCUGAUUUCUGCUUCAAUGGUCCUAAAGAGCUCCUGUAGUUUCUGGAUUUUAGUCUAAUGUGUCAGGAGCUCUGGUCUGGAUUAACUCAGGUCUUUGAAGCAUCCGUGUGUGUGUGUGUGUGUGUGUGCGUGCCCCCAUUCAUGUGACUCACAAACCUACACACACAUAACUCUGGGGGAUAAAUCUGGAGCUCCCAUAUAAGGCAGCGCCCCCCCGCCCGCCCCUCAGUGAACAUGAAGAAGAAGAGUUUCACUUCCUGUUUGCUGCUUUUAGAGGAUUUCCAGAUCAUGGAGCUGCUCUUUGAGAACCAGGACCCAUGAGAGUCCUGCUUUGGACCGGGUCACUCUGUGGUACACCUGUUAGUGAAGAAUCAGAGCUGUGUGUUGCUGCAGGUGUAGUUGAGUUAGUGUCCCUCACUGACGUCCAGAGGAGCAGAGAUGUUGACGUCUGUGUGAUCAGGGUGAAGCUUUGAUGGAGACAGACUGAAGCACGUCGGUCCUUCAUGAAGUAGUCCUGCUCCUGGACCUUUGAGGCUGACCCAGAGUCCUGGAGGACGUCUGAGUCUGCUGUCUGCAUGUUCUGGGACGGAGGAACCGAGCCGAGGAGUCUUUGAUGAGUGUGUGUGUGUGUGUGUGUGUGUGUGUGUGUGUGUGUGUGUGUGUGUGUGUGUGUGUGUGUGUGUGUGGGCUGUCCAAGCAUCAUGAUUCAUAAAUCUGAAGUGAGACGGAGACGGAGCCGCUCUGGCUGGUGCAGCAGUCUCACAGAAACAGACUCAGGUUCGAGGACAUGGAGAUCUUUCUGUUUCUGUCUCUUGGACACUGAUUUGACUCUAACUGGACGUUGUGAAGGAGACCUCUGUCCCUGUACGUCCUGAUGUUUGUUCCUGUAGUGCUGAUCUCGAACGCCCCUCUCUCUCCCUCCCUCCCUCCACUCGUCUUUAUUUACUUGCGAGUGUCUCCUCUCAUCAGUCCAGCACUCCUGCAGCUCGGCCCCGGUGCCCCACAGGCUGAUGACUGAGUGUUUGUGGAGGCCCCACUUGAAUGUGAUCACAUGUCUGCUCCUGUUUGUCUCUGCCCUCGCUGUCAGAGCUCCUGUUCUCACAUUAAUAUUGAAUAUUUGCACAAACAGCCUCCUCUGGAGACGCUGCUGCUGCAGGUACACCGUGUGCUCGAGAAAAGCCCGAUAUCGAGCCGUGGAGCUUUGACCAUAAUCCAGCACGCUCUGUCUGUCUGUCAUCGUUACACUGACGUGAUUUAUAAGCUAAUAUAGCGCCAACUAAGUGUUUCAUAAGGAUCCACCUGCAGGUGUUUGAGUACCAGGUUAGUUCUGGACCUGCAGGGCUCAGGUCGGUCUGAGUCGAGCCUCACAGACCGGAUUAAAGAGUCUGACGGAGGUUCAGUGGUUCUGUUCGGUCUGAGAGUGGGUUUGAUUGAGCUGCAGGUUUCACUCACUCUGUGUCUGGACCUGGAAGAUGGAGGGAAACGUGUCGGUGAGGUCUUUGGUUCGAGGACGUCUCAGUUUCUUUGUCCUUUAAUUAUAAUAAUAAUAACUUUGACAGACAGUCAAAAAUCUCAUGGAAAUAAAGACAAAUAAAACAAGAAGCUCCGUUAAGAAUGGAACUGAAGGAACCCGGAUAAUACAAGAACCAGACGAGAUCAAAAUGAGACCAAAAUAAAAAGAAGAAAAAGGAAAAUGUAAUAAAAAUGGAGGGUUGAAAGUGGAGACAGGAUAGUAAAUAUAAAAGACAAUAUCAACAAUGAUGAUAAAAUAAUAACAGGUAAUACUGAGAAUCAUAGUAAUGAUAAAAUAGAGCAACAGAAAAGAUAAAACAAUAAAAGGUUAAAUAAGAAAAGAGUUCAAGUUUAAUAAAAGAUGAAAAGACAGAAAAGCAGAAAUAAGAUAAAAGUCGUCAUCACAUAAAUAAAGUCUGUAAAAGUGAGUUUCUAACGUAAAGAAGCGUCUGUCUCUGCUGUUCUCCUUCUCUCCUCUGAAGGUCGUUCCAAAGUCGAGGAGCUCUGAUGGAGAAACAUCGAUCAGCUUCAGUUUAGAGACUUUGGAACGACCAGGAGGACUUUAAGAGAGAGGAUCUGAGAGUUUUACUCAUGAGGGAGUAAAACCUGUAAAAUGGAGCUCUGAUCAAGUCCUUUAAGAGCUUUAAAAGUAAUCAAUAAAAUCUUCAAAUCAGUUCUCAAACUGACAGGAAGUCAGUGAAGAGGAUAAACCUGGAGUGACGUGAAUGUGCAGAUUUAAAACCGAGAGGUUAACGUCAAACUGUGAGAAACAGCUGAUCCAGACUGGAAGUGGGUCCAGAGCCGGACCGAUGUAGGACACACACUUCUGACCCAGAACCACAAUCAAAACCAGAUCGCUUUGUCGGCCCGUUUGUGGAAGAUGGAUGAUGACGAUCGAGUCCAAACUGUGAGAAAAAGACGAGAGUUUGUCUCUGAAUCUCUGAACCUCAUUUCUGAGCGUAAAUAGACCUGACGACACGUCUCCAUCAGCCAACUAGACCACGCUGACUCUCCGUCAGAGCCAGCUUCUGUCCCUCUGCUUCACCACUUCACUGCAAAUGGGCUAAUUGCUCUUUAAUAAAAUGGGACAGAAGGAAGGAGAGCAGGAGAGGCGACAGAGAGCGGGACUGUUCCUCAUCCACAGGCUGAAACCUUUGGGGAAAACGGGUCUCAAAGGAGAGAAGAUUUAGAGGAAAUGGAGCAAAAAAGAGUGGAUGUGGAGAGAGAGAGAGUGGGUGGAGGAGCUCAGGUGGAAUCAGGAGCAGGAGAAAGACUUUAGAGAAGAUGAUAAACGUGAAAAAUGAGGAGGAAGGAAAGAAGAAACGCCUCAGUCUCUUAGCAACAUCAACAUCUGAUGAUCCGAACAGACUGACUGAUGCAAAUGUGUAAGUUUGUCUGUGGGCAGAGCUGCACUGACUCUCUGCACACUCGUGCAUGUGUGCAGAGGGGAGCGCACGUGUUGAUGCUGAUGAGAGGAUGAUGCUGCUCAUGGAUGCAGAGGUGAUGAGGCUCAGCGGCAUGUUCACAAACACGUGCUCCUCCGUCUGUCCCGUAUGUUCACACCGUCAUGAGGAUCUCCGCUCACUGCGGUCAGGAAACACGAACUUUCUCUGUGUGAUAAUCAAAUAUGAUAACCUUUCACAAUCAUAGAAAUAUAUAAAAUAAAAAGGAGGAGAAGUUGACAGCAGGAGGAGGAGGAGGAGGAGGAGGAGGAGCGCUCAGAUUCACCUCUGGAGCUUUUUUAGAAACACGACAAUCUUAAUUUAAUUACUUUAACUGUUGGAGAGUGUACGACCAUCUGAAGUUGGAGGGAAGAGAUGGAUGUUUGAGAUUUAAAGAGUUCAUUUAUCAUUUAAAUAAAGUUUUUAUUCCACUUAAUAGUUAAAAUUAAGUUUUGUUUUCUUAUGAAGGAUAACUAAAACGUUUACAGGAAGUCUCUCUGAAUCCUGAAGGUCCCAUAAACGUCUCCCAGAGUUCGACCUCCUGAAACAAACUCUUCAUCAGCUGAAGGUUUCUGCAGCGAUGGAUUCAGAGUCUGAGGAACGUCUGCUGAAGGUUGAGCAGCAGGUCGUGUUUCUGGACCUUCAAAGCUGCACUUUCACUUUUACAGACGUCCACUUUCUGUCUCUUGUUCCUCGUUUCGGUUCUUGAUUUCGUCGCUCACGCCGCUGCUCUUUAAAAACAGAUCUAACUUUAGUUUGUUUUUGGUUUUUGGUUUGUGGGAAGAUUUCCCAGCAGAAGUUCGGUGACGAAGAUUUCUUUGAUUUUUGAUUUUCAUAAAUGUUUCUGUCGUUCCUCAGAAGCUUCCUUUACUCCCUAACUCCUCUCCUUUCCUCCUUUCCUUUUCAGAGGGGCACACCAGAUUCUGGGGCGGCUCUGGACCCGAGCAGAAAGAGGACCACAUCACAUGGGAGUGUGUGACGGUGUGUGUGACGGUGUGUGUUCUGGCCUCCUGCCGUCGCCCGCUCUUCCUGGACAGGCAUGGCGGGGGGCAGAGAGCGCGGCUCCCGGAUACAGCGGCCGUGGUCGGUGUACCGCGCCAACACGUUCGAGCUGUCCAGCGAGAUGAUCGGCCUGGCGCUGGCAGGUAGAGCGGCGCUUUCUCUCCUCGCUCCGUUCUUAGAUGCUGAUGUUGGAGUCGGUGUAAACUGAAACCUCUGACACACGCUCAGCUGUGUGGGUGUCUGUGGCCUCUCCAGCCCGUGGAGCGGCUCUUCAUCACUCUUCAUAUCAGCUAAGAUUACCCAGAGUGUCAGAGCGCGUUAAACUCACACUUAUCAAAAAGGACGUUCACAUUUACUGCCUUCAUUACGGUAAAUGUCCCUCAGACUCGGGUCACUGUCCUCUGUCUAACCUCUGGUCUGUUUGUGUUCCCAGGAAAUAGUCAGGACCCAGAUGAGCCUGUGCUGGAGUUCAGUGUGGGUCAGUAUCACUCCUGAAUGAGUCACGUGUUUUCACUGCAGAGUGUGUGUAGGUCCAUCAUGUGUGUGUGUGUGUGUGUGUGUGUGUGUGUGUGUGUCUCCACAGCCUGCACAGACCUGCUGACUCCUGCUUUGGAUCGAAAACCCAACAGCUUUGUAGCAGUGAGCUGCACGACGCCGCCGCAGGCCUUCUGGACCAAACACGCCCAGACCGAGGUCAUCGAGGUCAGAGUCUCCAGAUCCGUCUCACAUAGAUCUCCUCCUCAUAACGCCGCUCACUUAGAGAGGAACCGUGUCUGAUUCUGUGUCUGUGGAGGACCGUUUUCAUCCGCCCACUCCUCCCUGGUCUGUGCUGUAAAUGAGGAGGGGGAGAUGAGCGGACACACACACACACACACACACACACAAACACACACCUCCACCUCUCUUCAGCGCGCUCUCAGAGGUGAAGUGCUCGUUUGGAGCUCGUUUGAUUUGUUCGGCCCACUAAUGCGGGACGAUGAGUCAACAAAGAGACGCAAACGACUUCCCAGAUAUGAUGGUGUUUGUGUUUCUGCCACAGCGUCAAAUAAACAAAGCUUUAUUUAAAAACCGGUGCAAACAGACACAGAGGUACUGAGGGUGAACCUGCUGUCGUUCACAGGGCACCAACAACCCCAUCUUCCUCAGCAGCAUCGCCUUCUUCCAGGAGUCCAACAUCACCCAGCAGACGCAGGUCAAACUGGCCGUGUACGACGUGAAGGACCGCUCCCAGGGAACGGUACGCGGCGCUUUCAGGUUUACGGUUUCUAAACUGACGGACGCUUUAACCCUUUAGUUCUCCGCCGGGUCCAGGUCCAGGUCCAGGCUCACAGCAGCUCACGGUGUCCUCCUGUCUCCUCAGAUGUACAUGUUGGGCUCGGCCUUAUUUCCUGUGAAGGAGCUGCUGCAGGAGAGGAGCCACAGAUUACAACUCGAGCUCAGGUAACACAGGCUCCUCCUCCUCCUCCUCCUCCUCCUCCUCCUCCUCCAGGUGUGGAUUCUUCCUCUUCAUUAUAAGAAUAUAAACCCGUCAGAAGAGUCUCUUACUGUGAAGGUUGUUGACUCUUUAGAUGGUUGACUGUCGGGUGUUAAAACUGGAGCUCAGACAUUAGAGAGAGAACAGGAAGUGGAUUUAUGUGAAAUCAUGUUCUUACUUCCUGUCUGCUCGGUGACAGGAAACAGGAAAGUGUCAGAAACUUUGAUUUGAGUGAUCGGUUCUGUGAGCGGGAACCUGUUUCAUUAGAAAACACCUUCAGGAUCAUUAAAGAGUUCUUGGUUUUCUUCCUGACUGGUUCAUGCUGGGGGUAAAAGUCUAACACGAGUUUCACGGACAGAUCAGCAGAGAACCAGCGGGUGGGAAACAUCGCCAUCGCAGCCUGGCAGAUGGAGGACAGAGCGGAUCAGAGGAUGGCGGUCAGUCGGCUGCCGGACAGCAUCAACGGCCGGGUAACGACGCUUUAAUAUCUCACAUCUGUUUAAAAGAGAGGCAGGGUGUUAACGUGUGUGUGUGUGUGUGUGUGUGUGUGUGUGUGUGUGUGUGUGUGUGUGUGUGUGUGUGUGUGUGCAGUGUGUGUGUGUGUUGACGAGAGCCUCGAGAGCCUCACAGAGUCGAUGGGCGUCCGGAUCAAGUACGCCUCUCUGUGCAAAGACAGCCUGCUGCGCUCAGGUAUGACCCUCCAUGUGUGUGAAGGACUCCUAGUUUCGGGGACGACAGCUGAAUGUAGUUCAUGGUUUCAUACCUGCAAACACUCCUGAGACUCAAACAUCCACACGCUCGGUCCAGAAAGUUACACACCAGAACCAGAACCAGAACUGGCCCGAUGGCGUAGCUUCCUCCAAGUUUCAGGGCCUGAGAUGAUGGUCUGAAAUGACGGACCCUCCGGCGGUUAUCUGCAGUUUCUCCUCUUCAGUCACAGAGAUCUCAGAUUCACACUCUCUUAAAAAAGCAGAAACCCGCCGUGUUCACGUGUUCCUGUUUUUAUUUUUAUAAUAUAUUUAUAUCGAUCAGAAACUCGACACUAACUCGUCCUGGAAGCUUUCUCUCAAACCCAAAUGAGUCUGAGGUAAAUAUAGAGCGGCUCCGUGUUUAGAGCUCUAAUCCCAUCACCAGGUCCAGGUGUAUUGAUCGCCAUCAGUGGGUGGGAGGGGCCUCUUUACCUCAGAGGUAAAAGUGGAUUGAAGCCGACACUCCUGAUCCGUCUUUGUUUCCAUCAGUCCGAUUUACAGACUAACUGGGUUUUCUGCCACUUCAGUGUUCGGCGGCACCAUGUCCAGGAUGUACCGCUUCCCCACCACGGAUGGGAACCACCUACGGGUGCUGGAGCAGAUGGCGGAGAGUGUCCUGUCACUGAACAUCCCCAGACAGUUUGUCAAACUGCUGCUGGAGGAGGAUGCAGCCAGGUACCGAACACGGGGUUUCAUCUUAGGCUCCCUGUUUUUAUUUUUACAACUAUGUGUCUGAAAAUUAUGGAAGCCCAUUUCCGCCAGUCAAAAAAAAAAAAAAAGUCGAAAUUAUGAGAUAAAAAGUCAUAAUUAUGAGAUUUAAAAGUCAUAAUUAUGAGAUUGUAUCUAGUGGCAUAAACGUUACUUCAAAACGAUGAUUCACUGACAGCUGAAAGAUAUUGUCAAAAUAACGUAAUUUGUUUAGCAGCACGGACGGACUGAUUAAAUGAAUAGUAAUAUUUAAUAUCUAUCAAACACACCUAAAAUAAUUUCCUAAUUUACUGAUGAGUAUCGUUUGCAUGGUGCGUCCAGUGAGGUGAAGUGAGACCUUGAAGACGGCACCAUAAAACAUGCGCACUAACUAUCACAUAAUUUCAAUUUUUAAUCUCAUAAUUUAGACUUUUUAUCUCAUAAUUUAGACUUUUUAUCUCAUAAUUUCAACUUUUUAUCUCAAAAUUGACUUUUAUCUCAUAAUUGACUUUUAUCUCAUAAUUUAGACUUUUUAUCUCAUAAUUUAGACUUUUUAUCUCAUAAUUUUGACUUUUUAUCUCAUAAUUUCAACUUUUUAUCUCAUAAUUUCACCUUUUUACCUCAUAAUUUCGACUUUUUAUCUCAUAAUUGACUUUUAUCUCAUAAUUGACUUUUAUCUCAUAAUUUAGACUUUUUAUCUCAUAAUUUCAUCUUUUUAUCUCAUAAUUUCAUCUUUUUAUCUCAUAAUUUUGACUUUUUAAUCUCGUAAUUUUGACUUUUUAUCUCAUAAUUAUGACUUUUUAAUCUCAUAAUUUUGACUUUUAUCUCAUAAUUUCAACUUUUUAUCUCAUAAUUGACUUUUAUCUCAUAAUUGACUUUUAUCUCAUAAUUUAGACUUUUUAUCUCAUAAUUUCAUCUUUUUAAUCUCAUAAUUUUGACUUUUUAUCUCAUAAUUUUGACUUUUUAUCUCAUAAUUGACUUUUAUCUCAUAAUUGACUUUUAUCUCAUAAUUUAGACUUUUUAUCUCAUAAUUUUGAUUUUUUAAUCUCGUAAUUUUGACUUUUUAUCUCAUAAUUUUGACUUUUUAUCUCAUAAUUUUGACUUUUUAAUCUCGUAACUUUGACUUUUUAAUCUCAUAAUUUUGACUUUUUAUCUCAUAAUUUUGACUUUUUAUCUCAUAAUUGACUUUUAUCUCAUAAUUGACUUUUAUCUCAUAAUUGACUUUUAUCUCAUAAUUUAGACUUUUUAUCUCAUAAUUUCGACUUUUUAUCUCAUAAUUUCGACUUUUUAUCUCAUAAUUGACUUUUAUCUCAUAAUUGACUUUUAUCUCAUAAUUUAGACUUUUUAUCUCAUAAUUUCAUCUUUUUAUCUCAUAAUUUUGACUUUUUAAUCUUGUAAUUUUGACUUUUUAUCUCAUAAUUAUGACUUUUUAAUCUCAUAAUUUUGACUUUUUAUCUCAUAAUUUCGACUUUUAUCUCAUAAUUGACUUUUAUCUCAUAAUUGACUUUUAUCUCAUAAUUUAGACUUUUUAUCUCAUAAUUUCAACUUUUUAUCUCAUAAUUUUGACUUUUUAAUCUCGUAAUUUUGACUUUUUAUCUCAUAAUUUAGACUUUUUAUCUCAUAAUUUCAUCUUUUUAUCUCAUAAUUUUGACAUUUUAAUCUCGUAAUUUUGACUUUUUAUCUCAUAAUUUUGACUUUUUAUCUCAUAAUUCUGACUUUUUAAUCUCGUAACUUUGACUUUUUAAUCUCAUAAUUUUGACUUUUUAUCUCAUAAUUUCAACUUUUUAUCUCAUAAUUGACUUUUAUAUCAUAAUUGACUUUUAUCUCAUAAUUGACUUUUAUCUCAUAAUUUAGACUUUUUAUCUCAUAAUUUAGACUUUUUAUCUCAUAAUUUCAACUUUUUAUCUCAUAAUUUCGACUUUUUAUCUCAUAAUUGACUUUUAUCUCAUAAUUGACUUUUAUCUCAUAAUUUUGACUUUUUAUCUCAUAAUUUCAUCUUUUUAUCUCAUAAUUUUGACUUUUUAAUCUCGUAAUUUUGACUUUUUAUCUCAUAAUUAUGACUUUUUAAUCUCAUAAUUUUGACUUUUUAUCUCAUAAUUUCAACUUUUUAUCUCAUUAUUGACUUUUAUCUCAUAAUUGACUUUUAUCUCAUAAUUUUGACUUUUUAUCUCAUAAUUUCAUCUUUUUAUCUCAUAAUUUUGACUUUUUAAUCUCGUAAUUUUGACUUUUUAUCUCAUAAUUUCAACUUUUUAUCUCAUAAUUUCGACUUUUAUCUCAUAAUUGACUUUUAUCUCAUAAUUGACUUUUAUCUCAUAAUUUAGACUUUUUAUCUCAUAAUUUUUACUUUUUAUCUCAUAAUUUUGACUUUUAAUCUCAUAAUUUCGACUUUUUUUUUUUUUUUGACUGGCGGAAAUGGGCUUCCAUAGAAGAUGGUCAGGUAUAAAAAAACACGUAUUUAUCCGAGGUUAAACCGUCCGCUACGACUGAAUCAGAAAAAAAACGUCUUCUCUAAUCUUACUGACCUCCUCAGGCGUUGACACCUUUGUUGACUCGUCUCCGUUCUUCGUCUCCAGGGUGUGCGAGCUGGAGGAGCUGGGCGAGUUGUCGCCAUGCUGGGAAAACCUGAGGCGACAGAUCGUGUCUCAGUACCAAACCAUCAUCCUCUCGUACCAGGAAACGCUGUCCGACCUCAACAACUACAGAGGUCAGUCUCCUCCGAAGACUCCCACACAGACGUGUUGUUUUCUGGGAAAGUUCUCUGAGAGUCUAACCCCUCCCCCUUCAGGUCCAUCAUUCAAAGCCAGUAACCUGAAGGCCGAGAGGAAACUGGAGUUCAUGCCCACAAACCUACACGUCCAGAGGAUGAGGGUGCAGGACGAGCUGGGCUUCGGUGAGUCAAAAACAGGUCCACGUCGGUCUGUACCAGGUGGUCUCCAAAGAUCUGACAGAGCUCUGGUUUCUCUCUGAACUCACACAGAGCACACGUACGACGUGCUGACCAUCGGGGCGCCGGCCGCUCACUGCCAAGGUUUUAAAAACAGCGGUUUGAGGAAACUCCUCCAGAAGUUUGAGGAGGCGAAGAAACAGUGAGUUUGAGAGAAACAGUGAUGUCUGCACGUCCUCUUCUCAUGGUUCAUUCUUCUCAUCUAUCAUGUAGUCUCUCAGGAAACUUCUCUCUUUUAUGGUUUGCUGCCUUUACUGACUGUUUUUCCGUUAACUUUGGUUUUUGUUGGUUUGUUUUUGAUCAGCGUAUUUGAGGAGGAAUGGUGAGUUUUGGCGCUGCUCUGCUUGUUCUCAUUGGUUUGUUCACUGUAGACCACCUCCACUGUGUCUGUGAGCCGUCUGUGGAUGGGUGAGCUGCAGACUCACGUCUAGAUGGAUGUGUUUGUCUUAUCAGUGUCUGGUUUUUGUUUCACACACGGACAAACUGAAAACCUUCACAGAGGAGGUCUCUCUGAGUCGUUGACGUGCACGCCGUCACUCUCCUGUUUGUGUCUCUUUAACUCACGUCCAAACACCAUUGUGAAGAGCAGGCAUGUGCAUGUUGUCGUUGUUGCUGUUGUGUUGUUGUCUGUUGACCGCAGCAGCUCACAGAGUUCAGGUUUAUGUGGAGGCAGAGAAGAAGAAGAAGAAGAGCGGAUCAUCAGCGUUUGUCUGUGUCCUCCUCUCCGCAGCAGCGCCCUCUCCAGCUCACAGUCCAUCGUCUACAUCCCGCAGGACAUCGUCAGAGCCAAAGAGAUCAUCGCCCACAUCAACACGCUGAAGACGCAGGUCAGUUACUACGCCGAGAGACUCUCCAGAGCCGCCAAAGACCGCUCUGCCAGCGGACUGGAGCGGACCCUGGCCAUCCUGGCUGAUAAGGUAUUUGAGUCGAACCUCAGGUCGGAUUCAGAGCUCCUCUCCUCUCCAGCAGGGAUCUGACCGUGCGUUUGUUCUUCCUCUCAGACUCGUCAGCUGGUGACGGUGUGCGACUGUAAACUUCUGGCUUCAGCCAUCCAGGCCCUGAACGCCGCACGGCCCGAGUACAUCGCCUCUAAAGCGUCCCCCUCCGCCGACGCAGAACAAGUAGUUCUCCGUAACGACCAGGACACCCUGCUGGCCAAGUGGAGCGGCAGUAACAGCCGGUCUUCUCUGCAGGUGGACUGGCAUGAAGAGGAGUGGGUACGAGCGCGCCUCCUGAUCCCUCCCCUCGGUGUCCUCUCAGUUUUCAGACACGCUAACCGUGAACGUGUCUCCGCCUCUUUUCAGGAGAAGGUCUGGGUGAACGUGGACAAGUCCCUGGAGUGCAUCAUCCAGCGUGUGGACAAGCUGCUGCAGAAGGAGAGGAGACCGAGUGUCAGCAGUCAGGACAGCGGGCAGGCUGACCUGCAGGGCGGCGCCACUAAGAAAGGUGACCUUCAGAUGGAGACGUUGAAAGUUAGGAAGUUUUUAAAACGUGUCUGUGAAGGAGUCUUAGUUCAGGUUCUGUUUCGUUCUUCUUCUCUCUUCAUAAACGUGUUUUCUCAGGCGUAGAGCUCAGACUAAAAACUCCGAGUUCACUGAAAUAAACAGCUGACUGUAUUUAGAGCUCUUCUCUGACUCGAUUAUUCAUGCCUGUGAAAAGGUGAUGGAAAGACGAGAGCUUUCUGGAUCAACCCAGACUCUUCAUCUCAGGAAGCUGCAUCUCUACCAUCAUCCUCAUCAUCAUCCUCUUCAUCCUCAUCAUCAUCUUCAUCACAGCCACCUCCACCCUCCUCAUCCUCUGCUCUCUCCUCUGCAUGUCCUCCCAGCCCUGACCAUCAGCCCCGUAGGUUUAUGAGUUUUUACUGUUUCCUGUCAUCUUCUGUUGCGUCGUUUUUUCACCUUUUCAUCAGGAUGAAGGUCGACAUGAUGAGAAAAGAGUCUCUUUGUGUCUCCAUGAUGUAGAAGAUCAGAUCAGCUGCUUUAGUCUGGAGCUUCGCGGUCGUUCCUGAGGUUUUGUGCUUACUCUCCGUGUUGUAGCGGACCAGGGUCAGGAUCUAUCUGAGCUUUUAUUUUGAAAAUACCUGAAGAACUGAGAGUGAGGACGCUGUCUCUGACUGAAACUGUCCUCCGCUGAGACUCUCUCUCACUCCGGUUCUGUGUCUCUGAUCGGUCCUGGACCCUGGUCUCCAUGUUUUCUCUGUGUGUCUCUGCUGCCCCCUGUGGCGUAUGUGCUGCUAAUCAUGCACGUUGCACCUCCAUCCCCUCUUCCAGAUGGAAGCCCGGUGGCUGAGGAGGCGUACCCAGGUAAGAGCUUCUGUCUUCGCUCUGCUUCUGUCUCGACACCACACCAGUUAGAUUUGAGCGUGGAGACGUUAGACCAGCUGAGCACUGACACCAAAGACCCUGUUAGAGGUUCGAUCUGAGGGUCUAGACAGAGAAGAUAGUUUCUGCUUGAUAAAGACGUCCUCUAAAGGACGUGUCAGCUGGUGGUCUUCAUGGAAAAGUGAGAAGGUUUGAGGAAGACCACCUGCUCUGAGUUAGUCCCCCUCUGUGGUCUCUCUGCUCCUUCUUCAUGCAGCUCUAAAUAUGAUCUCUGACAUCAGUAUCUACCUGCUCACACCUUCUCACGCCCGCACGUGUGUCUCUCAGGCGAGUGGAGCGAGGCGCUGUACCCCCUCCUCACCACGCUCACAGAGUGCGUCGCCAUGAUGAGCGACACGGCCAAGAAGUCCAUGGUCUUCCUGCUGAUGCAGGACAGCGCCCCGACGAUAGCCAUGGACCUGUCGCUGCAGUAUCGCCGUGACGUCGUCUUCUGUCAGACGGUGAGUGGUCAUGUGAUCAUCAAACAUGGUAGAGGGAACAGGAAACGGAGAGGCGGGGUUUCUCCACUCCCACUCUGCUGUGCAGAGACGUUUCAGGUUCAGACCUGAAGAGAGUCCAGAACCGGUCCAGGUAGUGGAUUUCCUGGUGUUUUCAAGUCCUCUAUUUUUGGGCCGCUGCACGCUGACUCAGCACGCUGACUCAGCACGCCGCUCUCUGCAGAGAUUUGAGUCUCAGCAGAGGCCGAUUACCCAUGAUCCUCUUCAUGUCUGGAGUCAAAGCAGAGCUGAUAGGCUGAGUCAUAUUUUCAUACAAACAUGUGACGUUAUAUUCCCCUGAUGACUGGGUAAACUGGUUAGACUGGUUAGACUCUGGUUAAACUGGUUAGACUCUGGUUAAACUGGUUAGACUGGUUAGACUGGUUAAACUGGUUAAACUGGUUAGACUAGUUAGACUGGUUAAACUCUGGUUAGACUGGUUAAACUGGUUAGACUGGUUAAACUGGUUAGACUGGUUAGACUCUAGUUAGACUGGUUAAACUGGUUAAACUGGUUAAACUGGUUAAACUGGUUAGACUAGUUAGACUGGUUAAACUCUGGUUAGACUGGUUAGACUGGUUAAACUGGUUAGACUGGUUAGACUGGUUAAACUGGUUAGACUCUGGUUAAACUGGUUAGACUGGUUAAACUGGUUAGACUCUGGUUAGACUGGUUAAACUGGUUAGAUUGAUUAAACUGGUUAAACUGGUUAGACUGAUUAAACUGGUUAAACUGGUUAGACUGGUUAGACUGGUUAAACUGGUUAAAGUGGUUAAAGUGGUUAAACUGGUAAGACUGGUUAGACUCUGGUUAGACUGGUUAAACUGGUUAGACUGGUUAGACUCUGGUUAGACUGGUUAGACUGGUUAAACUGGUUAGACUGGUUAGACUGGUUAAACUGGUUAGACUCUGGUUAGACUGGUUAAACUGGUUAAAGUGGUUAAAGUGGUUAAACUGGUAAGACUGGUUAGACUCUGGUUAGACUGGUUAAACUGGUUAGACUGGUUAGACUCUGGUUAGACUGGUUAGACUCUGGUUAAACUGGUUAGACUCUGGUUAGACUGGUUAAACUGGUUAAACUCUGGUUAAACUGGUUAAACUGGUUAAACUCUGGUUAGACUGGUUAAACUGGUUAAACUCUGGUUAGACUGGUUAAACUGGUUAAACUGGUUAGACUGGUUAGGCUCUGGUUAGACUGGUUAGACUGGUUAGACUCUGGUUAGACUGGUUAGACUGGUUAGACUCUGGUUAGACUGGUUAGGCUCUGGUUAGACUGGUUAGACUCUGGUUAGACUGGUUAAACUGGUUAGACUGGUUAAAGUGGUUAAACUGGUAAGACUGGUUAGACUCUGGUUAGACUGGUUAAACUGGUUAGACUGGUUAAACUGGUUAGACUGGUUAGACUCUGGUUAGACUGGUUAGACUGGUUAAACUGGUUAGACUCUGGUUAGACUGGUUAGACUCUGGUUAAACUGGUUAGACUCUGGUUAAACUGUUUAAACUCUGGUUAAACUGGUUAAACUGGUUAAACUUUGGUUAGACUGGUUAAACUGGUUAAACUGGUUAAACUCUGGUUAGACUGGUUAAACUCUGGUUAAACUGGUUAGACUGGUUAGACUGGUUAAACUCUGGUUAGACUGGUUAAACUGGUUAAACUCUGGUUAAACUGGUUAAACUGGUUAAACUCUGGUUAGACUGGUUAAACUGGUUAAACUCUGGUUAGACUGGUUAAACUGGUUAAACUGGUUAGACUGGUUAGGCUCUGGUUAGACUGGUUAGACUGGUUAGACUCUGGUUAGACUCUGGUUAGACUGGUUAGACUGGUUAGACUCUGGUUAGACUGGUUAGACUGGUUAGACUCUGGUUAGACUGGUUAGACUGGUUAGACUCUGGUUAGACUGGUUAGACUGGUUAGGCUCUGGUUAGACUGGUUAGACUCUGGUUAGACUGGUUAAACUGGUUAGACUGGUUAGGCUCUGGUUAGACUGGUUAGACUCUGGUUAGACUGGUUAAACUGGUAAGACUGGUUAGACUCUGGUUAGACUGGUUAAACUGGUUAGACUGGUUAAACUGGUUAGACUGGUUAGACUCUGGUUAGACUGGUUAGACUUGUUAAACUGGUUAGACUGGUUAAACUGGUUAGACUCUGGUUAGACUGGUUAGACUCUGGUUAAACUGGUUAGACUCUGGUUAAACUGGUUAAACUCUGGUUAAACUGGUUAAACUGGUUAAACUUUGGUUAAACUGGUUAAACUGGUUAAACUCUGGUUAGACUGGUUAAACUCUGGUUAAACUGGUUAGACUGGUUAGACUGGUUAAACUCUGGUUAGACUGGUUAAACUGGUUAAACUCUGGUUAAACUGGUUAAACUGGUUAAACUGCGGUUCUUCAUCAAAGGUGGACUUUCUUAUUCCUGCAUGAAUCAUCUGCAGCUGAUUCUCAGACACACAAACACUCAGAGGAUUGAAAGCUGAUGCUGGUGUGUGUGUGUGUGUGUGUGUGUGUGUGUGUGUGUGUGUGUGUGUGUGUGUGUGUGUGUGUGUGUGUGUGUGUGUGUGUGUUACAGCUCACUGCUCUCAUCUGUGGGUUCAUUCUCAAACUGAGGAACUGUCUCCGAGACAACGGAUUCCUCCGACAGCUCUACACCAUCGGCCUGCUGGCUCAGUUUGAGUCCCUGCUCAGCACCUACGGUACACACACACACACACACACACACACACACACACACACACACUCAUACAGAGUUUUUUUUGGCCCCGCCCCCUGACGGUUGGGUGUCAUCACUGUGGUUUCAGGAGAGGAGCUGGCCAUGUUGGAGGACAUGAGCGUGGGCAUCAUGGAUCUUCGUAACGUGACCUUUAAGGUACUGAGGAGCUGCAGCUGUGUGGAACUCUUCUUCUGUGGUUCUGUCUUCAUCUUAACCCCGCUUUCAUCACUCCCAGGUGACCCAGGCCACAGGUAACUCCGCCCCCGACAUGCUGCCCAUCAUCACAGGGAACAGAGACGGCUUCAACGUCAGGAUCCCGCUGCCGGGGUCCAUGUUUGACGCGUUACCUCGAGAAAUCCAGAGCGGGAUGCUGCUCAGGGUGCAGCCGGUGCACUUCAACGUGGGCAUCAACGAGCAGCAGACGCUGGCGGAGAAGUGAGUGGGAGGAGCUUGAGAGGAGCGGCGGCGGCGGCAGCAGCAGAGUGAGUCUGAGAGUGACGGGACUGUUUCUCUGUCUGCAGGUUUGGAGACACGUCCCUGCAGGAGGUCAUCAACCUGGAGAGUCUGUCCAGGUUAAACUCGUACUACGAGCAGUUCAAAGAAGUCCUGCCUGAGGACUGUGAGUACGGCACUCAAACAAACCACUCCUCUUCUUCUUCUUCUACCCUCCUCCUCAUCCCUCUGUUUCCUGUCCUCUCCUCCCCCCCAGGCCUCCCCAGGUCCCGCUCUCAGACCUGUCUCCCUGAGCUGCUGAGGUUUCUGGGGCAGAACGUCCACGCCAGGAAAAACAAGAACGUGGACAUCCUGUGGCAGGCGGCCGAGGUGAAACUCUGCCGUGUUCGGAGUCCUGAUAGAGUUUAAUGUUCAUGAGUGGAACUGUGAUGAAGUUCAGGAGAACCUGCUCCAGAGUUUGUUGAAGGAGGACUUUCUCUGUCUCUUUGUCCCAGAUCUGUCGCCGUCUGAACGGGGUUCGGUUCACCAGCUGUAAAAGCGCCAAAGACCGCACCGCCAUGUCUGUGACCCUGGAGCAGUGCCUGAUCCUGCAGCACGAGCACGGCAUGGCGCCGCAGGUCUUCACCCAGGCCCUGGACUGUAUGCGCAGGUAGGAUCACAAAAACCACAUCCCAGCUGGUCCUCUGGGAGAGCUGGAUCCUUUAUUUUGCUGGUGUGUGGUUUCUGAGGUCUGAAAGGAGGAGCCUGUUGGAGUCCGAGGAUCCUCCUUUGGGUGUGUGUGUUUGUGAGUGUGUGUUUGUGUGUUUUCUUUGAGAGCAUCAAACCAUCUCUGUCCUCCUCUCGUCUCCCUCUCCUGCCUGUUCUUCCUCUCCACGUCUGAAAGUGUGCUCAGAGGGAUUCAGUCGGAGUCAGGACUGAACCUCUUUGACACGAUUUCAGUUUCCUCGUUUUUCUGCAUGGAGACAGAAACCUCCGAGAUUCACCAGGAGAACACAGAGAAACAAAAACGAGCGGAGAGCAUGAGAACCUGCUGUUUUAGAAGAGAGAAGGAGUGCAUGAAGGAGGAGGAGGAGGAGUGCAGGGACUCCUCAGAGACAGCUGUCCAGGUCUGAUGGAGGAGGACUCAGAGUCCGUGUUUCUGCGUGUGUUCGAACCUCAUGUCGUCCUGACCGUGUUUGUUGUACAGAGAUGUAACAGCACCUCCUGUCUGAUAUAUUUGUGCUCAAUAAAGCUGCACUCUCUCCUCCUCCUCCUCCCUCUCCUCCUCCUCCUCUCUCAUCUCUCCUUCGUUUGUUUCUCCCCUCUUCAUCUUCAGUCGACGAGCAUGAAAACAGCUUCUCGGAUCAGUUUGAGAUGUUGACAGAUGUUUGGUUCUGAAGCUCUCACUCCCCUCCUCCUUCGUUCUCCCUGUAGCUCCUCUGAAGACUGGAGGUCUGAGGAGACGUUCAGACGCCUUUAAAACCUGGAGUUCCUCUGCAUGUUUCAUAUCUGUGGAGCAGAUAUGUUCUGGAGUUUUAAAGGCGUGUCCUGCUGCUGCCCCGCCCCCCGCCCUGCCCCGCCCUCUUUUUCAUCCAUGUCUGAGAGACGGUGAACAUGGAGAGAGAGUUUUCUUCUUUUCUGGAGGACAUCUUUCUUAAUUUUCUCUUGUUUCUCUCUCUCUCUCCUCCCUCCUCCUCCUCCUCCUCCUCCUCCUCUGUUCUCUGUGGUUGGAUCAUGUUGUUAUGUUUCCUACAUGUGCUCUUUAUGUUCUUUAUUACUGAUUUAUGUUCUUUAUUUACGCUCAUACCAUGGAAACUCUGCUGGCUGUGGAUUCUUCCCUGUCGUGACGUUUUGCUGGGAUCACCUGAUUAUUUGCCGUCUCACCUUCAUGCACGUCAUCUUCGUUUGCUGCACACGCCUCCCUCUCUCCUCCUCCUCCUCUUUUAUUUCCUCCUCCUCCUCCUUUAUCCCUUUGCUUCUCCUCUCACCUCCCAUUUCCUCCCUCCUCUCUACAUCACCGACCAUUUUUGCUGCUCCACAUCUCCUCCUCUUCCUCCUCCUCCUCCUCCUCCUCCCCACUCCUCGUGACCCCGGCAGCAUUGGGACGAGGGAGGGGGUGAUCCAGAAGAACCUGUGCGGAGUGCUGCCGGUGCGUGACCUCCGUCUGGACCCCAGCCUCCUGUACUCUCUGCCCCUGCUGGCUCUCAGUCCCAACCUCCUGGUGGUGUGGAUCUUCCUCAGCGUGGCGUACUUCCUGUCGAAGCUCCGCUGCAGCUGAAGAAGAGGACUGAACCAAAGUCCAGAGUCCGUGAGGAAGAGCGGGGACUUCUCCAAACAGACUCUGUGUUUCUGAACUGUGCCACUGUCCUGUGUGUGUGUGUGUGUGAGUGUGUGUGUGAAACUCAUACACACUGAUACUCUACAGCAUUUACCACCGUCCCCCUCUAAGGGCUUUACACACCUGACGCCCCGGGUCGGUCCGUCUGCAGCCAGGCCCCGCCCUCUCUCUGGUUUGUUUGGAUGGUUUGACGUCUGAGGGAUUAUUAAGUUUUUAGACCCCUGCUGACAUGAUCAGGAGACCCUGUUGGUCCACCUGGAGCUGCUGUGGGGUCUCUGGGUCAUGUCUGUAAAAGUCUGCACCCUCACUAACCUGAACUUUAUCCUUUAACUGCAGCCCCACUUUUACCAGAGUCACAUGUUUGAUUUCACUGAGCCUGUUUGUGGUGUGUGGCGCCCUCCGGUGGACAGAUGUGUGGUGGUAGAGUCAGAGUUUGUGUGUUUGUGCCCCAGACUCCGGUCUCAGGACAGAGGUAUCGGUAGCUUUGAUUCAGCAAAGAUCUCCGAGAUGGUUGAAGCUUUAGUUUGAUGAUCAUCGUCUUCCAUGUGCCGAUGCACUGACGAGUGAACGCAGAGAAACACUGAAGCUUCCUUCAGCUCAGACAUGUUUUUGUCGCUCUUUUUUCUUUAGGUCUUCCUGCUUUACUCCAAAGUUUGCUUCUUCUUCUUCUUCUUCUUCCACACGUGCACUUUGCAGCAGAUCUGGAUCUGAUUAGACGUGAAUGAACUGAAGCCGCCGUCACACUCCAGCUUCUUUAAAAUGUCCUUUAACUCUUGUUUAUGUAUGAAAUAUGUUCCUCAGAGGUCUCUGUGUGACCCUGUCCCUCAUUCCCAACGUGGUUUAGAUACCUCACAUACCUCACCUUAGAAAAAUGAGCAGACCGGGAGGUUCAGGGAUCAGGUCUCUUGAAGCAUGACGCAGCAUUUUUUGUUUUGUUGUUUUUUUAGUUUUGCUGUUUUUUUAGUUUUUUUAAUUUUGUAGUUUUUUUAGUUUUAUUGUUUUUUAGUUAUUUUUUUUGUUUUGUUGUUUUUUUAGUUUUGUUGUUUUAGUUUUUUUUUAGUUUUAUUGUUUUUAAGUUAUUCUUUUGUUAUUUUGUUGUUUUUUUUUUGGUAGUUUUUUUAGUUUUGUUGGUUUUAUUGUUUUUUUGUGUGUUUUUUUUAGUUUUUUUUUAGUUUAGUUUUUUUUUUGUUUUGUUGUUUUUUUAGUUUUGUUGUUUUUUAGUUUUUUUUUUGUUUUGUUGUUUUGUUGUUGUUUUAGUUUUGUUGUUUUUUAGUUUUUUUUUAGUUUAGUUGCUUUUCUGCCCCUGCUUCUCGCUCGCCUGUCUCUAACUCCCAUCGAGAUGUUCCUGCUGUGGCUUCAGUGCAUCCCUAAAGGUGCUGACGUUAGAGUCUCGGACCUUCAGAGCCGUAGAGCGUUCAGGUUCAGAGACUUGAGUCCCUCCUGGUCGUAUCAGAUCCAGCUCAUCAGCUUUUCUCACCAAAUGCAGUAAAGAUUGACAAAGUUCAGUCUGCAGCUUCUCGUUUCGUUCGAAGUUUAAAGGUCUUAUUAUAGAUAUUUGUUAGGUAGAUUUGAUGGACUUCUGCAGCUUCUGGAGCGUUUAGGUCUGUCCGUUUACUUUGCUCUGUUGUUGAACAGAGAGACGCUCACUGCAGCUUUAACAGCUCCUCUCCGCUCCUUCAGCUGGUGUUGUGUUGAGUAAAGCUCUGAUUUAUUCUUGAAUAUUGAAGUUAUAAAGGAUGUAGCUCUCCAUGCUUGUGCCAAAUGCUUCAGUCAGGGUUCGACUUCAGGAAACAGAAGAAAGACCUUCUCUCAGUUUUAGUUUUCUCCUGAUGAACUUUCUUUGUAUUGAACUCACAAACCUGUUUUCAGUCUUCUCCAGCUGUAAAUGAAUCGACAGGAUUGAACCGUUUGUUUUUAGGAUAAUUUAGUGGUUUUAGUUUAAAACUACCUCUGUUAGAAAAAUCAGAGUUGAUUUAAGACGGUGUUAGAUGAUCUGAUCUAUGACCACAGCAGCAGCAGCAGCAGGGAUGGGAUUGAUUUAGGAUUUAUUUACCCUGAUGUUCUUUUACCCCCAAACUGACAUGUGCAAUUACAAUGAAGUGCUUUCUAAAGUUAUAAUUCAAGAUUGACUCUAAAUCUUCACAGUUAUUUUCUGUCAGAUCUGAGAUGAUAGAAUAUAUUUGUACUCCUGUAUAUUAAUACUGUAUUUAAAGCUUGUACUGUCAACAUGCUAAUGUGAGCGAUGUCUUCGUCAGAGGCAGAGAGUGUAUAAAGAUAAAUAUAUAUAUAUAUAUGUAAAUGUAUAUAAUAGUAUGAUAAUGCUUGGUCUUCUCUGAGAAUGCCUGUGCCAUGAGUGUCAUGCUGUCGUCACUUUAUAUCUCUGUGGAUGAUGUUUUUACUCAGCUCCUGAUUUACUCUGUAUUUUUACUCUUCGCUCACAUGAUCAUGUUCGAUAACGGAGCGGUGUCGGGUUCUUCGGAGGAGGUUCUGAUCAGUUUUCAUAGGUUAAUGUCCCUCCAGCAUGUCUCCUCCUCCUCCUGAUUCCGUAGAGAUGGUUUUUAAACGUGUUUUAAGUGUUUUUAGUUCACAGCAUCAACAUAUUUCUGAUUUUCUCAAUAAUCGCCGGUUGUGCUUUCUCUCUGAGACUCAGCAGCUGUUCAGCCUCCAAAGCUUUCGCCUUGCUGCCUCCCAUGUUGCUCUUAAUGUACCACAAACCCCAGAAUCCUACAGUCAGUGUGUCCCUGAACGCCACACUCCUGCUGUAAUAAAGGUGUUCUGCCUCCACCUGCAGAAUAGAAACCGCUCUGCUGCCUUUCCUGCUCUCUCACCUCAAUCUGUGGAUUUUUCUCCACCUCUCUCCUUCCUGUGUGUGUGUGUGUGUCCGUGAGUGUGUGGAUGUGUGUGUUAUAUUUGUGUUUUUAUUGUUUUUCUAUCAUGUGGUCCUCUAAAGCAGUUUCACAGUCUUUACUGACCCCUAAUGGUGAUAAAGUGUAAUUGCAACAACCUAAACCGGCUCAGUUUAGACUGCUCAGAGGAAAUUCGGUCUCUAAUGAGUCCAUUUUUCUUUGUGUCUUUGUCUGUUUGUGUAGUUUGUGUAGUUUCUCAUAACUUCAGAUUAAAUGUUAUUUUCUGUUUCGGGUCAAAAAAGGAGAAUUUGGGGUUUCCAUCUUUGUUUUCGCCAAAUAUCACGUCUGUGUUAUUUGUUGUGUCUCCUCAGUGAGGGCUGCAGACGUGAAAACACCGUGAAGAACGUGGGCAGCCGAAAAUACGCCUUUAACUCGCUCCAGCUCAAAGCUUUCCCCAAACACUAUCGACCUCCUGACGGGACCUACGGGAAAGUGGAGACCUGA